CCUUUUCUCUCUUUUUCUAUUCUCCCAGUGAAAUACCUUGCUUUCCUCCGCAAGCGUAUGAACACCAACCCAUCCCGUGGCCCAUAUCACUUCCGUGCUCCCAGUCGAAUUUUCUGGAGAACAGUUCGAGGAAUGCUCCCUCACAAAACUAAACGUGGUCAGGCUGCCUUAGAGAGGCUGAAGGUUUUUGAUGGCAUUCCUCCACCUUAUGAUAAGCGCAAGAGAAUGGUUGUCCCAGCUGCUCUGAAAGUGGUCCGUCUGAAACCCACCCGAAAGUUUGCCUAUUUGGGCCGCCUUGCCCAUGAGGUUGGGUGGAAGUACCAGGCCAUCACAGCCACUCUGGAAGAGAAGCGCAGACAGAAGGCCAAGGUUCAUUAUACAAAGAAGAAACAGCUUAUGAAACUCCGAAAGCAAGCAGAGAAAAAUGUGGAGAGCAAGAUUGCUAAAUACACAGAUGUCCUGAAGCAUUAUGGUAUCUUGAUUUAAGUGAAGGUCUAGGGUUCAGUUGACAAUAAAGAAUACAAUUUACAGAC